AUGUAUGCGAUGCAGCCGAGCAGAAAAACAUGUGCUGAUUCGCAGGUCCUUUCGCUGGUGAUUGGACUGGACGUGGUCCAAGGGACCUUCGGCCCUUCCGGUAUCGGCGACCUCGUUACUGGACAACAGUGGUUCCGGUGGAUCCAGGACUCGAACUUGUCAAAAGGUGUAGCGACGAUAAGGCAGCUGGCCUUUGGGCCGAAUAGUCCGAUCCUCAUGUUCAACUUCAGGCCCGAUGACGGGCCUCGAGCUGCCGUUCGCUAUCAACAGGUGUACGGACCGCGAGGUCAACACCUCAUCGAGGUCCUUGGGUCAGGAAUCCUUCGCUCUGCGACGCCGAGACCUUUUAUCGGAGAAUCCGACUGGCAGCCGGUGACUGACAACAGCUACAGGUGGCCGCAGUCAUUAUUUAAAAUAUUUUUAGUUAUUUUGACUUUACAGUCAAUCGACACGAGCGUGUCAGCGCACUUAAUGUACAAAUGUUAA